GAGCACGUACACAAGGGAAAUUUCUACGCAUGGCGCUCACGGUAACUACAAACCGGUAAACAGAACCAGAGUACGUUCUGGAUCAUUAAACUGGGUAGCCAUCAAGGCGACGAUAAGGCUACUGUUAUUCGACGGUCAGGAUUUUUACGCACUGAAAAUUAAUUUACGCAUAUCAAUGCGGCACAGGUGCGUCAACAUUGCCACGUGAGUUGUGGGGUAACCAGCCUGAAAACUACACCCACUGAGACUGAUUGCCACAUGAAUCAUCGUUCAAAGGGAGGUAACUGUUGACGAGGGCGAUAAUUUCAGCGGGACUCGGUCUCUGAGGUUUCCGGGUUUAUAUAAAGGCAGAAUCGUAGAUUUUCUGAGGUGUGCGGAGUGAGACGUAUUCGCGGCUUGAAAAUCGACCGAAAAUGAAGUUUGUAAUAUUCGGUUCAACUGGCCCGAGUGGCUUGCAGUUGGUGGAAGAAUGUUUACAGCAGGGACAUUGUGUCACAGCUUUAGUGAGGAACCCCGAUAAGAUGUCAGUGAAGCACGAGAACCUCACGGUUAAUAAAGUCGACCUUGCCAAGGAAGAAGACCUGGUGCCCCACGUGACCGGAAGUGACGCCGUACUAUCAUGUCUGGGCGCCCCGGCGGGCAUCUGGGUGCCCUGUUCGCUGUACACGGACACCAUCAAGACCAUCACAGGCGCCAUGAGAAAAGGCGGAGUCAGCAGAUAUGUGGGCAUGUCGGCAUGGGGCACAAAACACGAUCCGGGUCUCCCGUGGAUCAUCAGGUGGGUGCUGCGUCCCCUGUUUUUGAGGAACAUCUUGCCCAACAUGGCGGAGAUGGAAGACUACCUCUCGGAGAGCUGCACCGACAUCGACUACACUGUCGUCAGGCCGCCGGGACUCACAAACGACCAAGCGUCAGGAAAGGAGGCAUUGGCGUUUGAAGGUCAGUAUGUCCCGGAUGCCACGUCAAGAAUUCCCCGCCGUGAUAUUGCAAAGUUCAUGUUGGCGUGUGUCGUCAAUGGCGAAUGGAAGAAGAAACACGUGGCCGUAGGCAUCAAGUGACGUCACAGUGACUUAACAUGUUCCAUCUCCACACAAUCCGGAUCUGACGUAACACGGCAUGACACCAUACGGCAUUAUGGGAAAACGGAGUCAUGCCACCAGAAUGAUCCUUGAAAACUGAUAUAUAUCUACAUUUAGCUUGUAGCAUUACACCCACAGUGUAAACAGUCAUUGUUAAAAGAUCAAAUAAACUACACUUUAUUUUCUAA